AUGCCCUCGAAAAUCGUUGCGACGAUCAACUCCACCGGGAGACAAGCCGCUUCGUUCGUUCGGGCGGCUUCAGCAAUUGGAUGGCAUGUCCGCGCUCAGAUCCGGACAAACGAUGGACUCGUGUCGGAAGAGCUCGAUGGACUGCCUAACGUAGAGUUGAUCGAAGGCGACCUCACUGGGCCGGAGCGCAACCAGCUUCUGUCCAAGCUAUUCACGGGCGCCAAGAUCGCCUUUGUCAACACGACUCACUGGGGAGACGAAGUGGCCAUAGGAAAGGCGUGCGCGGAUGCUGCCAAGAGAGCUGGCAUUCAGCACUAUAUCUACUCCAGCAUGCCGGAUCACUCCAUUUUCAACACUGAAUGGAGAGCCUUACCGAUGUGGGCGACCAAGUUCGCCAUCGAAAACUAUGUGAGACAGAUUGGCAUCCCCGCCACUUUCAUCUACACAGGGAUCUACAACAACAAUUUCACUAGCCUCCCAUACCCUCUGUUCCAGAUGGAGCUACAGGAUGAUGGCAGUUUCGUGUGGCAAGCACCUUUUCACCCAGACGACCCUCUGCCCUGGCUAGAUGCAGAGCACGAUGUUGGGCCGGCACUUCUCCAAAUGUUCAAGAUGGGUCCCAAUCACUGGAAAGGACAAAGAGUGACGAUCGCCUUUGAGAAGCUCACUCCAGUACAAGCAUGUGCUCGAUUCUGUAGAGGUGUUGGGAGACCUGUCAACUAUGUUCACGGACCGGUGAAGAUUCAAGUUGGCAUCCCUAGCGGCUACCGAGAACAGCUUGAGAUUCUGCAAGAGACCUUGGGCAGAAAACGAGCACCCUACUUUGGACCUGAUCUUGAGUAUCCCAUGGAAGGUCGCAGCAUUUGGGAGGGCUAUCGUGGCCUGGAAGAAUAUGCCCGUGAGGUCUUCCCGAUUGAGGAGUACGCAAACGGCCUCAGGUGGAUGGACGAGGAUCGAACUACACAACCGAGCACACCUGGCGAGCCGGACGAUGGCCUGGGCGGUCUCAAUGGCUCACGCCCGUUGACUCCAGCCAACGCUGCAAGUGCGGUCACACCAUUACACAUUACCGGCGCAUAUACACCACGUUCCCAUCCAGAAGGUUUACAGGAAGGCUUCUAUGUGGGAAGCUGCUAG